GAAAAAUUCGCAAUCAUUUCAAAUUCACAGAAAAGUUACGAUGACAUCUAAAGCUGAUACUAAAGUGAUUGUGGAUCCUGGACAAGAUGAUCUCAAAUAUAAGAAAGCUCACACCUUUUCUGACGCAGGAAGCUUCUUUCCUCUCCAUCGAAACCUCUUUAUCAUGAACAUCUUCUUUUUCAUUGUUCUAAUUGUGUGCGGUGUUCUUCUGAUACUUUGUGGAAACUAUGGAAACACUGGAUACUUCUCGUUCAUGUCACUGACAAACAAAUACCCUGGAGUUGCCGUUGCAGAUGAAGUGACAACCGCUUUAACCCUAGAACUUCUUCAACUGUCCUGUUGGAUCGGAGGUUUUUGCUUUAUUUUCUUCUCAUUUAUAUCCCUCUACAAAACUAUAGUCCUGUAUAAGCUGAUGUUGGCUCGCAGACCUUGGGAAAGGGAGCAAUGGAACCAACCAAGAAAGGAUGGAGAUAAUAUACUAAUUAAUGGAAAAGUUAGAGAUAAAUCUCUGAAUGAACAGGUUGAAUAUCUGAACCCAGAACAGAAGCGAGACAUGAAUCUACAUUUUAGACCAGUGGUUGAACCUAAGUGAAUGAUGCCUUUAUUUUAAAAGUUAACGUGAUUUUUUGUUCUUAAAAUAAACAUUUAAGGUUAAUAUAUGGAAAUUACUUUC